AUGCAAUUCACCCACCUCCUCUUCACCACCCUCAUGGCCGCCACCGCCCUCGCCACGCCGCUCCUCCCGCGCGCCGACCAGCAAGUCUCGGGCGACGAAGUGACCGACACGACGUGCACCAACCCCUCAGCCGCCAUCGACACCCACGACACCAACGUCGCCAUCCUCUCCAUCUGCGGCGGCAUCGCCGGCUCCAUCCAAAAGUGCGGCGGCGCGCCCAGCAGCACGACGGGCGAGAGCGGCACCGCGCGCUUCGACCUGGCCGCGACGGAUGCGGACGCGGGCGCGCGCAUCAACGUGUCCAAGGGCCGCUGGGAGCGCUGCGUCAAGGCGGCGCAGCAGACGUGUCCGCAGGGCGAGUUCGAGAGCACCUGCGUCGGCGGCGCGACGAGCGGGGACGUCAAGUUUUCGCUUUCGCAGGCGUAA